AAAGGAAGUGGCGAUCCCAGCAACCUCUGGCACGACUGGAGACUUUCCGAAACAAAAUCGGGCAGAGCGACGAUUGUUAAUUUGACAGAGGCGCCUUUACCUGUCCCUUUGUGUUUCCCCUCUCCAGGUUGUGGGUGGUGUUUGUUUGCAUGAAACAGAGAUGUCACCAGAUGAACUGGUCUACCUGGGAUUCAUUGCUGCUUCAAUACCUAUUGGGUUCCUUUUCCGUUAUCUUAGUCCUCCGGUGAAGCAGGGGGCAGCACUGCUGUUAGGUCUGACUAUAACCAUAGUUACCUGUAGAAUCCACACCUUACAUUCUCUGAUUACGGUUUUGGGAACAUGGGCCAUCAUCAAGCUAAACUGGAGGAGCGCCCCCGCAAUCACCCUGGGCUGGACAUUCCUCUACCUCUUCUUCUUCCGCUUGUCCGCAUGGCUCGGCCUUCCUCAGCCCACGCCUUUCUCCAAUGCCAUUCAGCUUAUCCUCACUCUCAAGAUGGUCAGCUUAGCCAAUGAGGUGAAGAGUUUUUACUUAGAAAAGAAGAAGGAAGUGAGCUCAUUCUCCAAAUCACCUGUAGUGGGUGUUAUUCCCCAUGAGCCUUCCAUCUAUGACAUCAUAUCCUAUAGCUACUGCUAUCUGGGUAUAAUGACAGGCCCUUUCUUCAGGUUCCAGACGUACAUUGACUGGCUGCAGCAGCCCAGUCCUCUCUCUCUGCCGGGGAAGGAUCCCUGCCUGCUCAGACUCCGCAUGGUGCCCGUGUACGGGGCGCUCUUCCUGUCCGUCAACUACGUCUUCCCCCUGGCCUACGUCCGCACUGACGAGUUCCUGGAGCACAACUUCUUGUUCAGGUUCUUCUAUAUGAUUGCUGUGUUCUUCGUGUUCCGGAUGCGGUUCUACUCGGCAUGGUGUGGGGCUGAGGCCGGCUGCAUCAGUGCAGGACUGGGGUGCUACCCAGAGGGGGCGCAGGCCAAACCUGGAGGAGGACCCACCGUUCAGUACAGCCCUGACCCUGACACCCCAGUGCAGUAUGACUUUAGAACCAUCCAGAACAUUGACUGCUACAACACGGACUUCUGUGUCAAAGUGAGGCAUGGCAUGCGCUACUGGAACAUGACUGUGCAGUGGUGGCUUCACCACUACAUCUACCCCAACGCCCCCUUCAGAGCCUACGCACUCAGGGCUGGCUGGACGAUGCUCAUCAGUGCCUACUGGCACGGCCUCCACGCCGGCUACUACCUCUCCUUCCUGACCAUCCCGCUGUGCAUCGCGGCCGAGACGGCCAUGGAGGGCGCCGUGCGCUCGCGGCUGGGCCCACAGGGCCAGAGCAUCUUCGACUGGGUCCACUGGUUCCUCAAGAUGCGCGCCUAUGACUACAUGUGCAUGGGCUUUGUCCUGCUGAAGGCCAGCGACACGGUCAGCUACUGGAGCUCCAUCUACUUCAGCAUGCACAUCGUCGCCGUCGGCUGCAUCGUGCUCGGACGACUGCUCAAGGCCGGAGGAGGCAGGAGGGAGAGGAAGGGAGCGAGCGAGGGAGAGAAGACUGGUGCGGCAGAGGAGGAGAAGAAGACGGAGGAGCAGGAAGUCCUGAGGGAGAAGAGCGAGUGAUGUGGGGUGUUUUGAGAGCCCGCGGUGGGGGACUGGUGUGGAGUGGAGUGGAGUGGAGUGGUGGGAAAAAGCUGUUUACUCUUGAAAUAAGACCUGCAGGUCCUAGCAUGCACUGUCAACAUGCUACUGUGCGCUUAGCCAUGUGCUUUGUGAGCAGAGAUAUCAGGUUACGUGUGUGUGUGUGUGUGUGUGUGUGUGUGUGAAGCAGAGGAGAGGACUGAAGAAUGUGAAGUUCCACACAUGUCAGUCUUACCAUGAGCAUGGCUGGUGCAAAGGAUCAUGGGAAUGUUUAUCCUGGCAAAGCCUCAAUGCAUCUGUAAUACAAUUGUAGGUCAUCAUAGCACAAAAUAAUUUAUUAAAUAAUUAAGGCAAGCAAGACAAGGAAUCUGACCUACCUGGUCAUAUUUUUAUCAUCUCCAAAACUAAUCCAAAUAGUGUGUGUGUGUGUGUGUGUGUGUAUACUGUGUAUGUGUACACAUGCCUGAGUGUGAAUAUUUCUGACUGUGUGUAUAAAUAUAUAUAUAUAGUAUAUCACAAAUUAAUAACAUCUUAGAAAUUCACCAAAGCGUAUAGAAAUGUCUCACAAGUGUAAAAUACUGUGGCAAAAAUGCCCCUGUAACAAAACACAAUUAUGUACAACAGACCUGUAUUUUUUUUUUUCACAAACUAAACUAAGUAAUGAUGUGAUGCCUGUAUGAUAUUAUUACACAUUCAUGAGAUAAGGUUACCUAAUGUCCCUGUAAACACUUAACUCAAGCUGGGGGCUACCGCAGCUCCAGAGGAAGCAGGCUGAACCGUUUGGCUCUGGAUGCAGACAUUCUCUCUCAUGUUUGCACCUUUGCAUGUUAGAAUAUGUAUAGUGUAUAAUACUAGGAAAUAUAUGCAAACCAUACAUUCCAACACCAAUACACUCCUUUUGCACUUGAAUAGAACCUUCUUUUUUUUUUUUUCACCCUUAGCUGUGUAUAUAAGUAUCUUUAGUUUAAAAAAGUGGCCUUGACUUGGCCCAGAUUAGGUAAAGGUCUGAUUUGUGUUAGAGCCAUUGGCAGAAAUGUAUUCCUAAAUUAGGCAGAAGUAUUAUUUUUUUCCCCUAUUUGAUUUAUCUUAUGAUGAUUUUAACUGCAAAUCAUCACUGAUAUUGUUGAUAAGAGUACAGUGCUCCAUCAGGCCAAAUUUUGUCAUCAGUGUUUCAGAUUUUAUAAUACUGGACAUACAGACAGGCAGGUUUUUAAUAUUAAGGUUGGCUGAGAUAUUAAACAGAAUGUUUACCUGGGUAAGGAUGUUAAAAUCUUAAUGGUACAAUUAUUUUGUACAAUGUACUUUGGAAGAUUUUUUUCCCCUCUUUUCAGUUUUGAUCAAGCAUUUUUAUUCCAAUUUCAAGAAUGUACAUAUUAGCUAUUGUUUAUGUCAGCUAGGCAGGGAAAGUAUAGACUUUAGGUUUGUCUUGAUCUAGAUUUGAGGGUUUUUUUUAUCUUUAUGCUAGCCAAUUGCAUAUUUUCACAUUUGGGUAAUUAUGCCAUACCUUUAUGUAUAGCUUCUCUGAUUUCUGUUCUCAUUGUGUGUGUGUGUGUGUGUGUGUGUGUGUACACAGUGGUACAUCUCUCCUCUUUCUCUUGUAGUUCCUUACUGCCAUAUCACAUGCUUGGACCAUGUGUGUUGUAGACCAAUAGGCACUUUACGAUAGCUCUGACACCAGUUAUCUCUACACUGAAGCCUGUACGUCUUGACAUACUGUAAUGUAAUGUAGUGUAAUGAGGUAGUUGUGACCUAAUUACCUGGCAGUGGAGCAGGUCCAUUCCAGCUGUUUACUGGCAGUCAAGGUUUUUGUUACAUCAUGAUUGUGAUUGCUAGACCAAGACUAAUCAUAUUUCCAUUGGCCAUGGCUGGUUAUUGUUGCCUAGAGGACAAGUUUACAUCCAUAACCCGGAUUGGUGUUGGUGUUGAUCCCCUCCUAUCUCUUUCUCUCUCUCUGGUAUAAAAUCCAAACCCCUUUAGAGGCAGUAACUUUAUUUGUUAGGGGCUUACUGUUUAACAGGAAUUAAAUAGCCCUAUUGUGAGAACCAGUCUAAAUGUAACACGAUCCUUUGAAUAUUCCUGGGACACGGAUGCACAUGCAUUGUCUAAUUUCUUUCCUGAUUCUAUCCCAUGAUGUUUUCCGGUUUUACAUCAGUGGUUCAUCAUUUUGCCAUGAUGAUUGUAACAUCCCCUGCCUUAUAAGAGUUUUACAUUGUUAUAAAUUAAAUAAAGGACAUCUUUGCA